GUCUACGGCGCGUAACAGAUGUGGCGAUUUCAAGUGGCGCUGUACUUACUGUCUUUGGACUCAGAUAUGCCUGAACAAUCAUUAUUGGCCCAUUAGUCUGCUGAUUACCGUGAGAUGAGCUGAACCGAUAAGGCACAGCUGAAAUCAACGAUAAUGUUACUGCCAAGGCAAUUUAUACACUUGCAAUGGAGUCUCACGAAAUGAUCAAAAGAUCAGAAGCUUUUCGCAGUGUUGCGUUCCUUGUGAAUCCGCGCGGAAAAGACUACACGUCGGGGAUAUUAGCCGUCGAGUCUGGCGGAGCUCAAAAAGGAAUGCAAUGCAUCGCCGACUUAUCGCCCGGAAAGCUGUGCUCCUGAUAUCCCUACUCGUCCUGAUCACGCUACUAAGCUUCGGCCUAGUUCCCCAAGAUGUAUCUUUCAUCAACAGAAUGGUGAUAGGGCCACUGAACAGAGAUAAAUUCGGCAACAAUAACAACAACAAUCAACCAGGAUCCAUCAUCCACCCUAUUGUGAGUCUGAUUAACAAGGCAGAAGAGAGCUGGAGGAACACGGUCGACAGGCAAUCGAAGACACUGGAGCAGGCAGUUGAUGAGUACCGACGUCGUUACCAAAUCCCGCCGCCGCCAAAUUUCGAUCGCUGGUAUGAAUUCGCGACAGCGCGCAAUUCUCUGCUUAUCGACGAGUAUGACUUGAUCCAUGAGCUGCUCACCCCAUUCUGGGGCAUUUUGCCCGCUGAGAUACGUGCCAGGACGGUUGAAGGUCUGGGUUAUCCGCCAGACCAGAACGCAUUAUGGGGUGUCCAGAUCCGCAACGGGAGUAUCAAGUUCGUGACUGAGAAUGGAUGGGGAUAUUUGAAAGACUUAGUGCCGGAAAUGACUAAAGAUUUCAUCAAGUGGCUACCCGAUAUGAAUCUGGCCUUCAACCUGCCCGACGAGCCCCGCGUCGUUGUUCCUCAUGAAGACCUCAGCCAGCUGGUCAAGAAUGCUCGCAACGGUGCCAUGCCUCGCGCGAGGUCGAACAAGACCCCUUUGAACCAAUUUUCUCACAACUCAAUUUAUCAAGAUGGGUUCAAGACAUUCCAUCAUACGCGCUUCUUCCAGCUCCAGAACCAACCCAUGUGGCAACCCUCUAAAUUAUCCUGUGGCCCUCAAUCGGCGGCCAGAAAUCUCGAGGAGUCUCCAAGAGACGACACGUCCGAGUAUGCCUUUGGCGAACUUGGCUUCCCAUCCAAUGCGACGAGCAUGACCGACAUCUGCAACUCGCCUUCGCUCUCCUCAACGCACGGGUACUUCGUCAUGACAUGCGGGACUAGAAUCACGCACGACUUGAUACCAGUCUUUUCAUCGUCCAAGACAUCGUCAAACCAAGACAUUCUCAUCCCAGCACCCUGGUACUGGAUGGCUGUCGACGAUUAUAACGAGUCCACAGACAUAGACUGGAGUGCCAAGAACGAGACAUUCUUCUGGCGAGGCUCAACGACCGGCGGUCAGAGCCAGGGUGGCUCGUGGCGUUACCAGCACCGCCAGCGCGUCGUCAAAGCGCUGCAGCUGUCCGCAGGCGAGAGUCCAAUUCUAUCACAGACUGAGACCGAGACUGGAGACAUCAUCUGGGUACCACAGAACAUAUCACGCGCCGCGUAUAAGCAUCUCAUGGACGUUGGCUUCACGAACAUAGUGCAAUGCGACGACGAUGACUGCAAGGAGCAGGAAGCCGCCUUCGGAUUGAAGGAGUCGCGCACACGCGAGGAGGGCUGGACACACAGGCACCUGCUCGACAUGGACGGCAAUGCCUUUAGCGGGCGCUUCCUGACGCUGCUCCGCAGCAAGAGCCUCGUGUACAAGGUCGGCGUGUUCCGUGAGUGGACCAACGAGUGGCUUUGGCCUUGGAUCCAUUAUAUCCCGCUCAGCCUCCGGUUCGCUGAUGGCGGAGACGGCGAUGCCGGCAGUGAUGUUGGCGGUAUGGGUAGCGACUGGCUCGAGACUAUCCGCUUCUUCACGAGUGACCCUGUAGGACGGAAAGAGGCCGAGCGCCUAGCGAUGCUGAAGCGCGAGUGGGUAGCGAAGACUAUGCGGAAGGAGGAUAUGGAGGUUUGGUUCUUUAGACUUUUAUUGGAAUAUGGGCGAGUAAUUGAUGAUGCAAGAGAGAACAUCGGCUAUUCAUAUAAUUAAUUUUCUAAAAGCACUUUAGAGCGGCAUUGCCAUUUGAGGACAACUUUAAUUUGUGUAGAACUCAUUCUACAUCCCUUUUCAUACCCCCUAUGACCAAACUAGUGCGAAGUCUUAUCAAUUUGUCAAUCUCUUCCUUCGACAUUUCGUUGAGGUGUAUGUGAAAGCUUUAAAGCGAGGUCCAGGGACAUUGCGGCCCUUCUCGAAUCCGGGCGAUCAAGGAGCUUCGUCAUCCACUUAACGACGCUAGAAAACUCACCCAUGGUCUUCAGACCAGAAGCCUCUACGGAGUAACGUCAGUACCGUGAACCGUCACGUGCCAUACCAAGCUUAGAUCCAGGGCCAGACGACAAUGUCAACGACGGUGGCGCAGUCCCCAGCAAUAUUUCCGUGAGAAAUUUUCGAUAGCUAGGUGUCUAGACACGAUAAAUGUGGUGGGAUUCAUUUACAUAACAGCUGAGAGAGUGUGCUCGUACUUCUCAGGAGCGGCGCUAACAAAGUGUACUCCUUCGAGCCAAUCUUAU